ACAGCCCUCCUCGCUGUCAGUGGAGCUGAUAGGGGGAGCUGAGAAGGAUCCCUCCCCGACCCCUCGCCGGGAGCAGGAAAAGAGGGACGGGGGAGAAGUUCAAGCCGAAGCGGCAGGAUCCAGGCAGAGGCGGCGGCGGCGGUGACCUCGGUGAAGCCGCGGGGAGGAGGAGGAGCGGGCCCUGCCGCAGGACGGAUACCCGAACAAGCGAAAGCGAAGGAGGUGGAGCGAGCGAGCGCCCGUCCAGGUGCCGGUGGCCCGGCUCCCCGCAUCCCUCCCUCCAGCCGCGGUAGUGCGAACGCCCCUGGGGGACCGCGGCCGCCCCUGGGGGACUGCGGCCGCCUGGCCCCCUGGCCUGGGGCUUCAGCCAGACCCGUGGAGCCCGAGCCGAGGGGGGAGCGGCGUCGCUGCAGAGCGGCUGCGGCCAGAACUUGAACUUGACGCUGAGCCUUUUCUAAGGGGUCUCGGCCGGGGCUGGAGACCCUCAGCGAGUUAUCCAGGAGCGGGUUCGGCUGCAGCUGCUCGCCUUUCUCGCCGCUGACGCCGCCUUUCCAAGAAGCGGAGCCCGGGGCCGAGCUGCCUGCCUGUCUCGCGGGGAAGAGGGGUUCGUGGUGGCCGCCUACGUCCCCCGCAGCCUCCGGAUGGCAGCUGCGGGUCGGGCCGGGGCUCCCCUGUUGCUGAUCCUCGGGCCGUAGGGGGUCGGCUCCGGGGCAGUCCAGGCGGUGGCACCAUGGCUAAGUGGCUGAACAAGUACUUCAGUUUAGGGAAUAACAAAACUAAGAGCCCCCCGCAGCCUCCCCGGCCGGACUACCGCGAGCGCGGGCGCGGGGGCAGCAGCCGGGGGGCCGCAGCAGGGGCAGGUGGGGGCAGCGAGCGGCGGCAGCAGCAGCAGCCCCCGGCGGCCUCCUGCUCGUCCUCGUCGUCCUCUUGCUUCUCAUCCUCAUUCCGGGAGGACAGCGGCAGCACCAGCGACCUCAUCCGCGCCUACCGAGCCCAGAAGGAGCGCGACUUCGAGGACCCCUACAACGGCCCCGGCUCGUCGCUGCGCAAGCUGCGGGCCAUGUGCCGCCUGGACUACUGCGGGGGCCAGGACAGCGCCGGGGACCGGACCUUCUCCUCCGCCUCGUCGUCCGCCGGCUGCUGCUGCACCUCGGGCGGCGGGGGAGCUGCCGCGUCCUCCUCGUCUUCCUCCUCACCGCACCUCUUCCGCAGCAACAGCGAGCGGCGGCCCGCCACUCCGCCCGAGGUCAAGUACAUCUCCCCCAAGCACCGGCUCAUCAAGAUCGACAGCGGCUGCGGCGGCGGCGGCGGCGGCGCAGACCCGGGGGGAGGCGGCAGCAAGAGCAGCAGCAGCAGCGGUGGCAGCGGCAGUAGCAGCGUCCGAACCUGGAGUCCGAACGCCUGCGGCAGCAGCAGCAAGAAGCUGCUCAACAGGUGCCCGGAGGAGAGCGGCGCCACCGGAGGCAAGAAAGAGAAGGUUGUCAUUGCGGAUGACUACUCAGAUCCCUUUGAUGCCAAGAGUGAGCUAAAAAACAAAGCAGGAAAGGGGGAAAGCACUGGCUACAUGGAGCCCUAUGAAGCCCAGAGGAUCAUGACAGAAUUUCAGAGGCAAGAAAGCGUGAAAUCUCAGAAUAAAGGUGUCCAGUUAUAUGAUACACCUUAUGAACCAGAAGGCAAUGGUGUGGAUUCAGAUUCUGAAAGCUUGGUCAGCCAGCGUUUACGAGAGAGCAAGCUGCCUCAGGAUGACGACAGGCCUGCAGAUGAGUACGACCAGCCUUGGGAGUGGAACAAAGUCACGAUUCCAGCCUUGGCAGCUCAGUUUAACGGUAAUGAGAAAAGGCAAUCUUCCCCCUCGCCUUCCCGAGACAGGCGUCGACAGCUCCGAGCCCCUGGUGGAGGCUUCAAGCCCAUCAAACAUGGGAGCCCAGAGUUCUGCGGGAUAUUGGGAGAAAGAGUCGAUCCUACUGUCCCACUGGAAAAGCAAAUAUGGUAUCACGGAGCAAUCAGCAGAACAGAUGCCGAAAAUCUUCUCCGGUUAUGUAAAGAGUGUAGCUACCUUGUAAGAAAUAGCCAGACAAGCAAGCACGACUAUUCUCUGUCACUGAAGAGCAACCAGGGCUUCAUGCACAUGAAACUGACAAAAGCCAAAGAGAAAUACAUCCUGGGGCAGAACAGCCCCCCGUUUGACAGUGUCCCCGAAGUCAUCCACUACUACACGACCAAAAAGUUGCCCAUCAAAGGAGCGGAGCACCUGUCUCUGCUGUACCCUGUGGCUGUCCGAACCCUGUGAGAGGAGGGCCCUGCUGGCCUCUUCCUGCGUAUGCGAGGGAGGCCACGGAGAAGCAAGGAAACCAGGACUCCACCCCGUGCGUUGACCAGAGCUCCGGACUGAGAGAAGAAACAGGAGCUUCCAGCUUUUCACCAUCGAUUGAAUGGCCAUGUUCAGAUCAUUAGAGUGGUACUUUGGCACUGCUGCAUGUCUUUAGAACUAUGUUUCUAUUUAAGGGGAUGGAGGAACCAUAUUUAAAUGUGAUAGCAGAUAAUCCUGCCCCGCCCCCGCCCCCACAUCUCCUUUUAUUUCCUGUGAAUUAAAAUAUUUUCAAAUCCAAAGAUAUGCCUUCCAGGGUAAACAGAGCAAAGCAGCUUAUAGCAAACAGUGAGCUCCAAGGAUUUUCAUUUCUUUGUUCUCCUGCUGUCAUGAACUCACACCUGCAUAUGGUAAAAAAUAAUAAUAAUAGUAAUGAUAGUUCUCCACUGGUGCUAUACUGUCCCCUAUUGAUAAUAAGAACAGACAGAUGCUGGGCCUUUCAGGACCUAGAGGGUGACAGCACAUUCCACUCGUUCCCCACAGGGUGUGUGUGUGUGUGUGUGUGUGUGUGUGUGUGUGUGUGUGUGCGCGCGUGCGUGCUCGAGAGAGCGCGCUUGAGUAUAUGUGUGGGUUCAGGGGUGUGUGUGCUUUCACACAUGGUUGGUUAGGCUAAUCCGACAAAGAAGUUCUUUUUCUCCCCUUGAUGUGACUAGGAGACCUUUCUCAAUGGAAUCACUUUGCAGUAGCAGAAAGAGUUCAAUUAUUUAUGACUAGGGUAUGUAAAUAAAAUAGUGGUUUAAUAUAUACAUA